AUGGAUUCUUCAGACAUAGUAGAUAUCGGUCUCGCAGACCUUUCGUGGGCGAAGUUUUUAAAAUCCCGAGCUUUAUACAGCAUCACAAGCUCAAAUACCACACAUCGUCUAGAAUUUCUGAAUCAUUCGUUAUUGCCCCGAAUAAAAGCUGGCGAUCUCACUGAAAAUUUACUUGGAAGCCUCCUUCACCUUGUCUUCUUGACUCAUUCCAGAUAUAAUGAUAAGCCUUCACGUCUUGCCAUAUUAAAUAUUUUAAAAGAACUCAAUAACUGGAAUUCUGAGCUUUUUUUAAAUGCAUUUGUUCCAAUGGUCGUCAAAGAAGCUGAUAAAUUAAACCAAAAGAGUCCCGACUGCACCACGUACACGACAUCGUCCACUAUUCGAUUUGUUCUUCUCACAUGGGUUAAUACAUUAAUCAACUUUGUUUUAUCGGCUACCACCGACGCUAAGUCAUCACCACACUGGAAGAGUUUAGUAGAUGCUCAAGCAGUACUUUUGUAUUCGCUAACUUAUGAAAAUGAAAAAAGAAAAAGCGUGACAAAUAGUGCAAUUGCUGGUGUUAGAAAUUGUAUUCGUAAGAAUGCAUCACAUAUUCCUUCAUAUAUAAAAUAUCUUACUUCCAGUGGGAGAUCAUGUAAUGUUAUGUAUAGCGAUACUGUCUUACUUGGAACAGUUGUUGAUUGUUCUUUACGGCUUAAAAAUGAAAACGGCAGAACUUUUGUGGAGAGUGCAAAGGAUGAUAUUAUACAAUUUUAUAUAACAGGCAUCGCAUCCUCUAAAAAUACUGUACCGCAAACAUCAAAAGAUGCACUACAUGAUUUUAUUAAAUUUAUAGUUACGGAAGAAAACUUUCAAACUAAGUUAAUUCCGGUUUUCGAAAAACUUCUCCUAAGAGCGCCUGAAAUCGUAUUGAGUGUGCUGGCCUCCAUAGUUAAAUAUUUAUCAUUCGACUUGUCAAAUUUUUUAAAGAAAAAUUUUUUGCAACCUUUACUUGUACACAUUCGAUCCUCUAAUAAAAUGGUACAAGCAGAUGCAAUAACAUUACUAAAGAUACUUGUCGAAAAGAGUUGCAAUGAUGACGUUCUAAUCGAUAUUGUUAAAGAUAUUAUUCAGGCAUUGAGUGGAGGGACUGUAAAAGUUGCCAGCCCAGAACAUCGCAUCAUCUUAUUUCAAACUUUAGGUCACAUACAUCGAACACCUAACGUUUCAAAAAAUGUGAUCGAAGGAUUAUUGCCAAUUGUUUUAAAAGAAAGCACCGAAAAUUCUUUAGCUAAAGCCAUUGAUGCUCUAGGUUUACAUUUGAAAUUACUGUUAAGUACGAAAGACGAAAUUCUCGUGGAAAAAGUUACAGGAUCCAUUGCAGAAGGAUUGGCUAGUGCUAAAACUGGAGAGAGAAAAGCAUGGGCUACUGUAAUCGGGCGACUUGCGUGGGAAGAGACAGGAUACCCUUCAAUCUCACUUCGUAAUGUAAUUUUCAAGUCUCUUGCACCUCUUACGUUGACUGUGGAAAAGAUUCAAGCAAAUGCUCUUAACUUUAUUGGCGGGCCGAUUGAAGGCUAUAUACUAGUUGCCAUUACUGAAGGUAGAGCAGCAAAUUGGAAUGAUGAAGAGAUCAAUGCAUUUAUCAGAACAAGAAAGCUCAAACAAAAUAUUUUGGCUACUUCACCCAAACUUACAUUCUUGCUUUUGGACAAAGUAUAUUCCAAGAUCAACAGUGUUGACGAAUAUUGUUGGUUUAUUCGGUCCCUUGAGAGCAUAAUUCUUAAUGAAGACGAAGUUUCAUUGCAAAAAGCAGAUAUCAAAGUGUACAUAGCUACUGCCUUUAUUUAUAUGAUUUCGACAUCUCAUCAGGCUAGUCGUAAUGCGUAUGAUGCUCUUAAGACAUGCGUCCAAAUAAAUCCAAACUUUGUAGGUGAAAUGAUUCGGGAAGGAUUAACUAGUUGGGUAUUUAAUCUUGAAAAGAAUGUCAAAGACUCUACAGCAGUUUUAGCAUCUGCAACUGCACAUUCCAAUCCUGCCGUUAAUGCGUAUAGACUUUCAAAAGUGCUCACAGCCAUUACAACUUUUUCCGAAAAAGUUGACAGAUCAGAUGUAGAAAAAUCGCUUGUUGAGCUAAUAAUUUUAUCUCAUCAUUCCGCAAUUGCGUCACCUACCGAUAAGUAUAAUUGGAUAACCUUAGUACAAAGAGCAAAACUUGAUCCCGGAAAGUUAGUUGAAAAGUAUUCUGGACGUAUCCUACAAUUAAUACAGUCGGCAAUUGAAAAUAAUAGUGAAUCACAAAAUUUUUAUCAAGCCGCUUUGUCAGCGAUAUCAACUGUUACUUUUAUUUCACCUGAUAAAUUUGUGCCAAUACUUAUUAUUCAAUGUCGUAAUUAUUUGGAUCCUUGCUUGUUUGAAAAAAUAAAUGAUCAAGAGAUAGGAAUAUGGAAAACUGUAGAAGGGACCUUGUUUGUCAAUGUACUCAAAAAUAAGAAACAAGUUGUAGAAAAUCGCAAUAAAAAAGAUUAUCAAACUGAAAAGUGGGAACGUGAAGUACGUGAAAAAAUAGCUCAAAAGAAAGGCAUAUCGGCGCCUAAACUAACGAAGGAAGAGCAAGUUACAGUAAGUGCCCAACUGGCAAAAGAAUCUGAAACGCGCAAAGCUGUUGAGAAUGUUCGUCUAAAAUUAAUAAGGGGUCUUGAUAUUGUGGGUGCGAUGGUGAAAGGAAACUCAGAAGCUAUUGAACAAUAUAUUGUAGAGUUAAUGAAAUUAUUGCAUAAUGUUUUACAAAAAUGUGGUCCAUUGGUCGGGGAAAAGGCAGUUAAUACAUAUUUGAAUAUCAGUUUCUGUACAUCUGAAAAGAUUGAAAGCAUUCGCAUCCCAAUUGGCUUAGCGACUCUCCGUGUUAUGCAAGUCCAAGAGAUUCCGGAAAGAUGGCUUCAAGAACCACUGGAUCUCCUUGUUUCACGCGUACUAUUCCGUCUUCGUAUCAUAACAGAACGCUCACUUAUUUCACCUUCGUCAUUUGCUUACUGUUUUUCAUUAAUUCAUCAAGUUAUUAUGAAAGGUGGAAUUGAUUUACAUAAUGAAAAAACAAAAGAUUCAGAAACGUCAAUUGAACAAAUUGCAUUAGGAUUGGAUAUAAUUUCUUUCCAUACUGUUAUUGGAUCUUCAUUGUUGCUUCCACGAUCUGAAAUGAUUCAUACACUUUUACAUAUAAUUAAAGAAUAUCCCAAAUUUACAAAAGUUGCAAGGACUGCCAUGAUUAACUUAUGCGAGUCUAUUGGUGAAACAGCAGAACAAAAGGAAAUAAAUGUUCUGCUCACCGGAUUGCUUUCUCCAGAAGCAUUUGUUCGUCAUGCUUGUUUACAAGCAUUAAAUAAUUUGGAUCUUACAGAUAUUGAUUUUUCGUGUGAACUAUGGAUAGCUUGUCAUGAUGAGGAUGAACAUAACGCAAAGCUGGCAAUAGCCUUAUGGGAAUCUAACGGAAUGGACGUUGAACCGAGUUACAAUGUCGAAUUGCUGCCUUAUUUGAUUCACGAAGAAAAAUAUGUCAGAGAGUGCGCUGCUAAAUCUAUUGGUAACGCAUCAAAAUAUUUCCCUGAUUCGAUUGCAGACACAUUGGCACUGAUUUAUGAACAGUAUAAGGAAAAGGCAAAACCAGUUCAGCCUGAGUAUGAUGAAUUCGGUAUUUUAAUACCUGAAUCACUAAAUAAAGAAGACCAAUGGGAAGCUCGUGUAGGAUUAGCACUUUCACUCGGGACACUAGCACAAAAUUUAAGACCAACGGACUUGAAACCUUUAUUUGAAUUCCUGAUAAAUGAUGAUGCAGUAGGUGACAUUCAUGCGCAAGUUCGGCAAAAAUUGUUGGAGGCAGGUUUGGCAGUUAUUGACUCCCAUGGUAGCAAGAACGUUGCUUUACUCAUGUCAGUGUUUGAAAAUUAUUUGGAUAAACCUGCUACGCCAACAGAAACUCAUGAUCGUAUUCGUGAAUCUGUUGUUAUUUGGUUUGGUGCUCUGGCAAAACAUUUAGAUCUUACAGAUUCAAGAAUUCCUGUGAUUAUUGAUAAGUUACUCGAUGCACUAAAAACUCCCUCCGAAGCCGUUCAAGUAGCUGUUGGUGAUUGUUUGCCGCCUUUAAUCAAGUUUAUGAAAGACAAAGCACCAGAUUUGAUUUCUGGUCUGCUGAAUCAGUUAUACCAUUCUGAAAAAUAUGCAGAGAGAAGGGGUGCUGCAUAUGGUUUAGCUGGUGUCGUGAAAGGCACUGGUAUUUCAUCUUUGAAAGACUGUAAUAUAAUAACUGUAUUGAAGCAAGGUGUGGAUAAUAAAAAGGACUAUAGAUUUCGACAAGGCGCUCUCUUUGCAUUUGAAACAUUAUCACAAAGUCUCGGACGUCUUUUUGAACCUUAUGUUAUACAAAUAUUACCAUUGUUGUUAGUAUGUUUUGGUGACACUCACCCUGAUGUUAGAGAAGCGACGUCAGAUACAGCUAGAGCUAUUAUGAGCAAACUAAGUGGUCAUUGUAUUAAACUUAUUUUACCAACGCUACUGGCAGGAUUAGAGGAUCGCCAGUGGAGAACAAAGAAGGGAUCGAUCGAAUUGCUGGGGUCAAUGGCUUUUUGUGCGCCUAAACAACUAUCAAUUUCUCUUCCUACCAUAGUUCCCCGAUUAACGACUGUACUCUCUGAUUCACAUAAGGAUGUUCAAUCAGCUGCAAAUGAAGCUUUGUUACAUUUUGGAGAGGUUAUUAGCAAUCCGGAAAUUCAAGCUCUCGUACCGAUUCUACUUCGUAGCUUAAGUGAUCCUGAUAAAAAUACUAAUGCUGCGUUGAAUUCUUUAUUAGAAACUGCUUUUGUUCAUUAUAUUGAUGCACCGUCAUUGGCAUUGGUAAUGCCCAUCCUUGAAAGAGGUUUGAAAGAGCGUAGUACUGAGGUUAAAAAAAAAUCUUCGCAAAUAGUUGGUAACAUGGCGUCUUUAACCGAUAUUAAAGAUCUUGUCCCUUAUUUGCCACGACUUUUACCAAGCCUUAAGGAAGUGUUAGUAGACCCUGUACCCGAAGCUCGUGCUACAGCAGCUAAAUCAUUAGGUACAAUGGUGGAAAAGCUUGGGGAAGACAAGUUUCCAAAUCUUGUAAAUGAACUAGUAAAUACUCUUAAAUCAGAUACUAGUGGUGUUGACCGACAAGGUGCUGCACAAGGACUUAGCGAAGUAUUAGCGGGAUUGGGUAUAGGCCGUCUUGAGGGACUUUUGUCUGAAAUUGUAAUUAACGCCACUAGUCCAAAGUCAUAUGUGCGUGAAGGAUUUAUUUCCUUACUUAUUUAUCUUCCGGCAACAUUUGGUCUAAGGUUUCAACCUUAUCUUGGCCGCAUUAUUCCUCCAAUAUUAUCUGGUUUAGCUGACGAAUCAGAAUAUGUUCGAGAUGCUUCACUUAGAGCAGGUCGAAUGAUUAUUACAAACUAUGCGACUAAAGCUGUGGAUCUGUUUCUUCCUGAAUUAGAAAGAGGGUUAUUUGAUGACAAUUGGAGAAUUAGACAAAGUUCUGUGCAACUCAUGGGAGAUUUAUUGUAUCGAAUCACUGGUAUUAGUGGCAAAGGAACUACUGAAGGAGAGGAAGAGGAAGAAACUGGAGGGACUGAAGCUAGUCGUAAAGUUUUAUUACAGGUUCUCGGAAAGGAAAGGCGUGAUCGAGUUUUGGCUGCUUUAUAUGUUGUUCGACAAGAUGUAUCUGGUAUCGUCCGACAGUCAUCUUUACAUGUUUGGAAAUCUAUCGUUUCAAAUACACCUCGCACUGUCAAAGACAUACUACCAAUAAUGAUGGGCUUGAUUAUUAAAAACCUCGCAAGUCCGAGUUUCGAGAGACGUCAAGUAGCUGCACGCACUCUUGGGGAGCUUGUUCGCAAGCUUGGUGAAAGCGUUAUGUCAGAAAUCAUACCUAUUUUAGAGGAGGGUUUAGAAUCUCCUGAAUCAGAUAAGAGACAGGGUGUUUGUAUUGGCUUGAGUGAAAUAAUGAGUACAGCUGGAAAGGUACAAGUUAUUGACUAUGUAGAUUCAAUUAUCCCAGCUGUUAGAAAGGCAUUGGUUGAUGAAUCUGGUGAAGUACGUGAGGCGGCAGCUCAAGCUUUCGAUACACUUCAGCAACAUGUUGGUGAUAAAGCAAUCGAUGAAAUAUUACCUACCCUUCUUAAUUCUCUCCAAUCUGGAGAAGAUUCUACUUAUGCGUUAGAAGCUUUGAAAGAAAUAAUGACAGUGCGUGCUAAUGUAGUUUUUCCGGUUCUCAUACCUAAUCUUAUCACAGUACCUAUUACUACAUUCAAUGCUCGAGCUCUUGCGUCACUAGUAACUGUUGCUGGUGCUGCUCUUAACAAAAGACUUUCGAAUAUUUUGACAGCACUCAUGGCGUCCUUGGGCAUGGAAACCGAUGAUGCUGUAAUUUCGGAGCUUCAAGAAACAGAACGUGCACUGUUGCUUUCUAUCGAUAGUAAUGAAGGUCUUCAAAACUUGAUGAUAAUACUUUUUGAAGCAAUUAAGAGUGAUGAACCUGCAAAACGAGCUGGUGCAUGUGAUAUUGUUACAAUAUUUUGCAGUGAGACUAAGAUGGACUUUUCAAGAUACACGACAGAAUGGAUACGAGUUUUAGUAUCACUUUUAGAUGAUCAUCAACUAGAGGUAGUCAAAUCAGCAUGGAAUGCUCUAAAUGCUGUGACAAAAUCCGUAAAGAAAGAUGAUCUGGAACAAUUGGUUACGCCUCUUCGUCGUUCAGUGAAAGGUGUCGGAGUUCCUGGAAUUGACUUACCAGGAUUUUGCUUGCCAAAGGGAAUAAGUCCCAUUCUUCCAAUAUUUUUACAUGGAUUGAUGUAUGGUACUGCUGAAAUUCGUGAACAGUCUGCUUUGGGAAUAGGUGAUCUUAUUCAACGAACGUCGGCUGAUGCUCUCCGACCAUUUGUGACACAAAUAACGGGCCCACUUAUUCGUAUAAUCGGUGAUCGUUAUCCUCCUCAAGUGAAGGCAGCUAUAUUGCAGACAUUGAGUUUAUUGCUUGAAAAGGUUUCUGCCCUCCUUAAACCUUUCCUCCCACAACUUCAACGUACUUUCGUCAAAUCUUUGACCGAUCCGACAAGUGCCCUUGUUCGAUCACGUGCCGCAAAAGCUCUUAGUACUCUGAUUUCACUACAAACGCGUGUAGAUCCUUUGAUGCUAGAAUUGGUUUCUGGAAUAAAAACGAGUGAGCCUAGUGUGCGCGAAACUAUGUUAAAUGCUUUGGAAAGCGUCGUGAAUAAGGCAGGAGAUGGUAUGAAUGAAGCUUCAAGGAAGGGUGUUCUUGAAGUGAUUGCAAAUGGGCUAAAUGAGUCUUCCGAAGGGAUGGUGGUUGGUGCCGCACGUCUUCUUGGAAGUCUGUGCAAGCAUCUUCCGCACCAAGAAGCUAUGCCUCUCAUCACAAAUUAUAUUCUAUCAGGAGAACCGACGCAAAGUUCGCUUUUAGCUAUCAACGCAAUUCUUGCAGAAGCACCACGGGUCUUUGUUGACUUAGGAAUUCAUAAAGAAAUAGUUAGUAUUGUAUCUGCUGGCAGCAAGAGUAAUCAGCCAUCAAUUGCGGAUAAUUCAAUUAUUGCAGCUGGUAAAAUUUUGCUUACAGAACUUUAUCAUGAACAAAAUACAAUAAGUCGCCUUGUGGAAGCAUUGGUACAUGAUGUCCGUGAACCUGCUACCUUGGUUGGGGAAACAAAACGAUUGGCUUUGGUCGCUUUUCGAGUAAUUGGAAGAAAAUAUCCACAGAUUAUUCCUCAAAUGAUGGUGUGUGCUCGAGAUCGAAAUGUACCUGUGAAACUUGCAUCUGAGCGUGCGUUGUUGUACGUACUUCAACUUCUGGAUGGCGAGAACGUGAUGCAGAACUAUUUAUCAGCAAUCGAUUCUCAAACAGCCAAAACUUUUAUUGAUUUUCAUAAACGCGUUUUAUCUAAACUUGUAUCACAAGAACGACAGAAAAUAGAACAAUUACAGGCGGGUUAUAUGACUGAGGUAGAUGAAGACGCAGAAGAAGAGAGAGAAAUUUGGGCCGUUGGCAGUGUUGGAUUUUUUGGAACCAAUGCCGAACAGGAUUAG